UGUGGCUAUUAAAUUAUUAAAUUAUUCGUGAUCCGAAUUUAUAACUGUUUUGAAYUUAAUUUCUCGGACUGUUUUUCUUUAAUUUCGUCGCACACUCUGAACAAUUGAUGCAACAUGGUCGAUUACAGAGAGUUCGACUUCCCUGCCGAAAUAUGCUGUUCACCCAGUCCGCUGAUCGCUAUCGCCGGCCUGGACACGGUCAAUAAUGCCAUCCACAGGUCCAUUUGGGACGCUUUCCACAGUCCAGUUGGCCGAGACAGCCGAGCCGUAUUGAAUUUCUUUCACCUCACGUCUGAGUACAAGUUUCCUUCAUUGAGCGAAAAGCGUGUAAUGCCUUACAUUCCAAAAGGUAUAUUAAAAAAGAAUUGGCUCGAAAAACAUAUUCGUUACGAUCCUGCCGUUGUUGUCAUUUUCUACGACUGUGAUUGGAAUGACGAAUCUUGGAAUGAAAAAAUCAGCGAAUGUUCAUCCAGAGUUCAGUCAAUUAGGUUGUCUCUGGAAGGAAGGAAAUCAAGAAUUGUUGUGGUGUUGAUACAAAAAUUAAUGCCUGUUGUYGAUGAUAAUAUUACUACUGAGAGAGCUGCAUCACUGUGUGACGCUUGCACUUUGAAUCCAAAAGCUUUAUUUAUACUUCCAGUAGUAGACAAUAUCCAUGGCUAUGCUAUAAGGCUGGAAAAUGCAUUUUAUGAUCUGGCCCAGAAUUAUUACCAACAACAAAUCAGAGCUGUGAAGUCUAAACUAGAAAAUUUAAGCAAAACCAGUCAUCAAUUAUUGAUUGUUCGCUAUUCAUUCAAAAUUGGAUUUUAUAAUGAGAUUAGACAAGACCAUCAUAACGCUCAUAAGCACUAUCAUCAGUGUUAUAUGUCUUUAUUAGAAAUAUGCACUUUUGAUACUAACAUCUAUGAAAUAAAAGUUGUUGCUGCGUACAUUGUAUACAAAAUAAGCAAACUGUUGUUUGUAAUGAAGAGGGCUCGAGAUGCAUUGACUCAAUUUAAUUCUCAUAUAAAUGUGUUUAAAUCUAUGAUUGGACCACCAGAACUGAUGUUUGAACACUAUUCUUGGUUGUCUAAACAAUUUUCCAUGUUUGCAUCAUUAUUUGAUGAAACAACAGCUGAAAGUUCUACAGCUACUCAGGCAUUAAAUCCAGGAUUUUUCUUUAAAGAAGCUGCAGACUAUGCAAAAAAAAGAAAAAUUAGUGCCUAUAAUAUUUGUCAGGAUGCAAAUGUUUACCCCUCCAGUAAUCCAUUAAAUGAAUGGAAUAAUAYAGAAUUUUAUGGUCAAAGGCCAUGGCGGCUAAUGAAAACUCUCAACAACUUAGAUUUUAAUACAAUUGAAGCAGAUGGUGUUCAAGCUUUAAAAUUUUAUGAAAACACCCAAGUUGAUCAUUCUAAAGCAAUUAUCAGCUUCUUAGGAAACGCAAUGAAACAGUUCAAACACUACAAAUGUCCUAGAAUGAGAAAUUUGUUAGCUGUACAGAUGGCUGAUGAAUAUUACAACGCAAAAGAUUAUAGCAAAGCUCUUACUUUAUGGAGCCACAUGUUAUGGGAUUAUCGAGACGAAGGCUGGGAAGCAAUUGCCCAUGAACUAGUAAACAAAUGUCUAAAAUGCGCCUAUUUAACAGCAAAUGUACAGAAUUAUGUAGAAUUAAAUCUAGAAGCCCUGAAAUAUUACAAAAAUGUUGAUAUCCAAAAAGCUUUGAGCAAUAUUGGUUCAAUCAUACAAAGGCGAAUUCCAGAACCUGAAAAAUCACUUGAUGAAUAUGAGAAAAAUUUAUCGAUGGAAGAGUGGCAAAAAUGUGACUCUCUACGAUCAAAAUCUGUACUAGAAAUUGAUAUGUCAGUUACAAUUUCUACAGUCGAUACCAAAGUUAUUUUAAAAGAUGUUUCAUGUGAUGGCAUUGAAAUUGAUAUCUUUAUAAAGGCUAAUUUUCCUAUACUGGUGCAAUUUUCUAAACUGAUAGCCUGUGUUACCUGUAUUGACAAUGUAUAUGAUGUUGAGGUCUGCACAGAUAGCAGUAAACUUAUCUAUGGAGAAUCAAAAACUCAUACUUAUUCUUGCAAAUUUGUGCCCUCGUCAAAUGACGUUGGAAAAGAAAUCACUGUUAAUUCUAUUAAACUACAAUUGGGAAAUGAACCUGAUUUUCCAAUAGUUUUGAAAUACUAUAAUUCCAUAAAAAAAACUAAAAGUUUUGAAAAAGAAAUGAAUAAUUUCAGUCUGUCUAAGACUUCUGAUGAUGAAUUUGAACGAAUCAAACAGAUUACAUCAGCAACUCUGAAACCGAGAAGUUCUAGACUAGGCAUGGAAAUUAAACACAACAAUCCUGCACUAUUAUUGGAAUGGUAUCAAGUUUCUGUAUGUUUGACAAAUUUAGAAGAUCGGCCUGUUAGUGAURUCUGUUUAAAUUUAUCACUCAAUCGUAACAAUAAUGAAAAGGUUGAACACUCGAUUGAGGUAUGUGAAGAUCCAGAUAAAAAUGUCUUCCCGUUGCCAGUAGAUUUUAAAUUAGACAACAUGCUUGUUGGAGACCAGAAAACUCAAACUUUCUAUGUUCGAUUUUCAAGUUUAGACACUCGUUACUUUCAACUUAUGAUAAGCUAUUCAAUAGAAGAUGACAACAAAACUAAGAUUGCUUGCGUAAAAGAUGUAGAAAUUGUCAUAGAUGUGAGCAUUGUAUUUGACAUAUCAGUUACUUACAUGUCUUCCAAAUUUGAACCUGUAUCUAAGGUGUAUGUUGGUGAACCAUUAAUAGUGGUUCCAAACAUAAAAUGUCUUUCCCCAUGGCCAAUAAUUAUAGAGAAUACAUCUUUUCAAUUGGCUAAACAUGUUAAUAUUUCAACUAGUUACCAAUCAGUACUAAAUGGAGUAAUUUUAGAAUCUGAUGAAUGUGCUUCAGAAGUAAUAUGUGUAUCACCCUCUGAAUUAAGUGAAAAUAUUUUAGGUUGUUUUACUAUAAAUUGGAAAAGAACUAAUGUUGACAAUGAAUGUAAAAGUGGAUAUUCAAGUUUAGAGUUACCUAAAAUUACAGUUGAAAAAUCAACGUUUUUGGUAGACAUGAAGUUACCAGCUCAUGGAUGGUUACACACGCCAUUGAGUGUUGUAUACUUUUUACAUAAUAACUCUGAAUCACUACUUUCGUUAGAUGUAUCAAUGGAAGCCAACGAAGCAUUUAUGAUGGCUGGACAUAAAGACUUGAACAUCACAGUUUUGCCUGAAAGCACUUACAAGUUGCACUAUAAUCUCUAUCCUCUUGUUGUUGGAGUUUCAACAUUACCAAAAAUGCACAUUGGCUGUACUUCUGAGCCUAAUGAUUUCAAACAUAUUUUAAAUGACAUACUACUUAGAUCUUUACAAACUCAAAUAUAUAUUAUGCCCAAACACUUACCAAUACACACAAAAGAAGUUUCAAAAUAAAAAAUAAUGUUCCUUUUUAUAGAUUAUUUUUUUGUUCAUUUUGGUUUAUAGUCAAUUUUUUUAUU